GUGGACGUUAGUGCGCGUUUUGCGCGAUCAGAUCCGCAAUCCCCGACACUGGGCCACAGAGAGGAAGGUGCAGUGUAACAAAGCUGUUUGAAAGGAUUGCCUGCGCAGGCAUUGGGCAAGCGCCGUGGUGGCAAGCCACAGCAGCAGCGGGCGGAAGGAAGGUCUUAGCUCCACGAGGAGAUUUCCCAUUUGGCGCUGCCCCACGUUUGUAACACUUGGGGUUUGCGGCGCCUUUCAGAGCCGCUUUUCUUUCUAUGGCUUGUUGAGGCCAUUGACCACCCAGUGAAGACAGAAAGAAGGACACAGCAAAGAGCUGCAGAACAGUACUGUGGUGAGCAAGAAGCGAUCUACUGCUGUGUUCAGAGUCGAGAAAGCAUGGCGCACCAUUCCCCGGUUGACCAGUAUAACUACGCUCCUCCUAACCAACCGUACUUAGGCACUCCCCCACAUGGCAUACCGCAAGCUCAGCCAGUUUAUGUUCCUCCAGGAGAACAGGGGAACUCCGGCAGGUGGGCUGCAGGGUUGCUGGGUUGCUUUGGAGAUUGCGGCAUAUGUUGCUUGGGUUACCUUCUUCCCUGCGUCCUUUAUGGACAGAACGUUGAGAUGCUGACGGGCGAGAGCUGCUGCACCCCUUGCUGCCUCUACUUCCUGCUCUCCGCUGUGGGUUGCUGCGCCUGCUAUGCGUGCGGACAAGAGAGCGGUUGCGGAAGAAAUACGGCCUGCCAGCGCUUCCCUGCAAUGAUUGCUGCAUCCACUGCUUCUGCUGCGUGUGCGCUUUAUGCCAAGAGGCACGGGAGAUGAGGAUUCAAGCGGACAGGCAGAAGCACAUAAAAGCAUACAUCACACCCCAUAUGCCUCCGCCCCAGCAGGCAAUGCAUCACUGAAGGCGCUAGUAAAUGCUCUCUUUCAGAAUCAUGAAUUGGAAAGCGACGUAUAAGUAGUCCUCCUCUCCAUGAGAAUAUGCAAGCGCAGCAUCAACCGGUACAAAGAAGUUGCCUGCUACACAUGGUUUCCAGCUCAGUAUUGACUGGCCGGAUGUGGAAAAGUUGGCACCAAUCUAAGUAACUUAAGCGGAAGCUCAUGCACCAAGACGAAGCUGCUUAAAAUUUUACUGCAGAUUCUCCUUAGGUACAGGGCCAUUUUCAGGUAAGCUCUUUAGUAUCAACAAAGAAUAUGAAAAUGGUAGCAGCCUGUUGAUGACUUGCGUUCUAAAUUGGAUCUUGAAGGUGCUGAACUAUAGACCAUCGAGGACAAUUGUCAACGGUUUCAAUGACGGAUGAAAUAGAUUGUAAUUUGAAUUCAGAGUUAUAUUGCUAUAUAGGCGGCCAGCUUAUAGUCCAGCUUGACAGCUAUACCUUAAAUUACCCAUUUUGGCAACGUGUUAUAUAAUGAGUCCAGUACGCGACCAUACAGAGCAUACUUGA